AUGAGAGGGCUCACAGAUCAAAGUAACAGUGAAUGUAACGGUGCCUCAAAAUUAUAUAAACACAAAUAUUUGCCUGAGAGGAAGAUGGAGGGAAGAGAUAGAUAUAAACUUUUUAUCACUCAGGUGAGGAGUCUGGAGGAGGACGGGAAGCUGCUGGAGGAGCUGCGAGAGUUGCAGCUCCGGCACCAGAGCAAGACCCCGAUCCAAGGAGCUUGCAGCGACUCGAACCGGCGCUCUCAGGGAGAGGCAUCAGGGCGUCACAAGUGCAAAGCAGCAGAGCGACACGCCCAGCAGCAGUUAAAGCUGGAAGAGCAGCCAGAGCAACAAAUUAGGCGCGUAUCACGACGCCAUAAAGCCGACGAGCAGUCUCUAGAGCAGCAACCAAGGAGCAAGACACAUACACCGAAGCACUGGGAGCAGCCACAGCAUCACGAUCAUGAGAGGAAAACAUCGCAGCGUCAACGAGCAGAACAGCAGCCAACCCCACAGCAGGAAAACCAACAAAAGUCCUCUCUGAAACCAGUGAAGAAACACCUCUCUCAGACUGGGAAAACUGAGAAGCCGCCAUCACAUCAACAGCAGAAUAAUGAAGCGACAUCAUCAACGAGGCAAGAUGGGCACCAGCAUCCAUCGAAUCAUCAGAGAGAUAACAAUCAAGAUAAGAGAGAGAGAAGGAGGCCCAGGAAGGAAAAAAAGGAUCAAGGUUCACAGACAAGAAUGUCAGGCCCACCACGACCAAGGCGACUACUGGUAGCACAGCAACUAAAGAAACAAACAAGGAGUUCUCAAGAGCAACCAAGAACACGGUUUAGACUUUCCGAUGACUUGAUAACAGAUAACAGCAGCUCCGAUACCCAUACAAAUUCUGCUGCCUCACACGGCAAGCAAGUAUCGAGGACUGUCCAAUCGGGGACAGACAAAGACCAAGGAAGAAACUCGACAUCUAGCAGAGAACGAAGCCGAGGACUGAACACAUCCCAUGAAAAUUCUCAACAAGUUCCUGCACUCACCAGAAGAAAAUCCUUCAUUGAUCUAGAUGAUCUUAACAUAGAGAGCCACCAGCACAAGCGUUUGGUGAAUACAGAAAACGAAAGACCAAACCAGCAACUGGAUCCUGGAACUAAGACCAAAGUUCAGUUAAUCCAGCACCAAGUACAGGUUCACCACGGUGCCCUCAGAGAUGCACCUCAAUCUCACCAACAGGAAAAUGAAACCCAACGGUCACACCACCAGGAGCGGCACCCCAGUGAUCAUUCGCAUCCUGCACCACAUGUCAACCAACAUCAUGACCAUUACGCAGAUUUACCACCAGAACAGUUCGCUAACCCACAGGAAUAUGAGGCAUCGAUUCCUAAGACCAAAGUUACGAGGCAAGAGGCCGAGGUCCUGAAACCUAACAACUCAGAAUUUCAGACACAGUCAGAUCAGAAUCGUAAAUCGGCUCACGACAGGCAGCUACAAGACAGUGAACGCACCGUAGCUUCUCAAGGAGGCGGGCGUCACGUUGCCCCAUCAUUUAGGAGCCGAUCAGGAGGGCCUCACGCCCACGAAGCUCAGUCUGAAGGUCAUUCCGGAAAAUCUCUAGAACGUGAAGGAACCAUCAAGUCUCAAAGCGGAGAAAGUCUCACAAGACAAUCGCAACGCGAAUACACGGUUGAAUCCCAGAGCGGCAUGCGUUCAAGAUCUUCGGAGCGUGGACACCCUUCAGCGUCCACUGAUCGUCGACAAACAAGAUCAUCAUUAGAACGUGCGCAUCCAGGACCAUCCUUGGAAGGCGGACGAGAUCUUACGGACGAGAAAGAACAGAGGCAUCAAGCUGUGAAAUACCCGUCUGUAGAACACGUAAACCGUGAACGACCCGCAGAACAUGUUCACCACGACCCGCUCCUACAGAGCUUUCGGUCCGUGCCAUCAUCCCUACAUCGCAUGCACCACGAACUUCCUGCAAGGUACGUACACCGUGCCCGUGUCGUCGAGUACACUCGACAUGAGCCGUCAUUGGAUCGACUUCGUCAGGAUAUGAGGGCGGGUCACCAGCCCUACAUAGAGGUUGGGCGUGCUGGAUCUGCAAUCCACCGCGAGCACUCUAUAUCCUACACAGAACGAGGACACAGACUUUAUCCUGUGCGUGACAGGUAUACCUCAGGCGCACGAGACCAUGGCUAUACCUCGGAUACCUCUGAUCCCGGACGGAUAAGAUUAUACGGUGAGCGUCGAUAUGAUGGAGGGUACGUGGACGCAAGCCAUGCCGGAUCAUACUCUGAGUAUACCAGUAGAUCACUGGAACCCAGCUACCCGAGAUUGUAUUCGGAUCGCGCACUCUACAGAUCGGAAGAGCCUGACCACGCCCGACUCUACUCGGAGCGAAGUCAUGCCGGAAAGUCCCUUGAACCGUAUCCGGAUCGUAUCCUGAGCGAGAGAUGGAGGCACACGAGUGAGUGGGAGGACAGGGAGAAGGGACAUUACAAAGAGAUGAUAACUCCCCUCAACGCUCCUACGCAGCCACUAGACCACAGAGCAUUAUGA